AUGUCGAUGGCCUCAAAAUCUGGUGCCAGAACUUCCCCAGAAAGUCAGAGGAAAUUAAUUGGAAGUCAGACAACAGAAGGAAAUUUUCGUAGACCUUCACCUUUACAGAUCACGAAGACAAGCAAAUCAGAGCCAGUUACUCCAAAAAAACUGCCUAGGCAUGUGCAACAAACUGCAUCUAAGGAGGUUUCUGCACAAACCACCGAAGAGAAGAACUGCAAGAUCCCUUAUUUGAAGGAGUCUACCAAAUCUUUAGCUGAUCAGUUAGGUUCAACUUUAUCACUUGGUGAUGCAAAACAGGUGCCAGCUGAUGUGUGUCCUGCGGUGAGUGACACCAGGAAUUUGCUGGAAGGUGGUGAUCAAGAAAAGAAAAUAUCAGAAAAUGGAGUUAGCCCAGCUCCAGCGAAAGUCAGUGAUGGGACCAGCAGUCUUGCCAAGACCAGUGGAAGUGCCAAAAUUAGUGAUCGAGCUGAUUUUGUUGAGAGUGGGAAGAGCAGUAUUUGUAGAGGUAGCACAAGCAGUGACGUGAGUGACGAGAGUACUUGUAGCAGCUUAAGUAGUGCUAUCAACAAACCUCACAAGGCGAAUGACAUACAUUGGGAAGCCAUACAGGCAGUCCGAGCAAGGGAUGGUGUUUUUGGUUUGGUCCAUUUCAGACUUUUGAAGAAGUUGGGCUGUGGGGAUAUUGGAAGUGUUUAUCUUUCAGAGUUGAGUGGGACAAAAUGUUAUUUUGCAAUGAAGGUCAUGGACAAAGCAUCUUUAGCUAACCGUAAAAAACUUCUUCGGGCUCAGACUGAGAGAGAAAUACUUCAAUGUUUAGACCAUCCCUUCCUUCCAACCUUAUAUACCCACUUUGAGACAGAGAAGUAUUCUUGUCUGGUGAUGGAGUUCUGCCCUGGAGGCGACUUGCACACACUUAGGCAGAGGCAACCAGGAAAGCAUUUUACUGAACAAGCAGUGAAGUUCUAUGUAGCAGAAGUUCUCCUUGCGCUGGAAUAUCUUCACAUGCUCGGGAUUGUUUAUCGUGACCUCAAGCCAGAAAAUGUCCUUGUGAGAGAUGAUGGGCACAUAAUGCUUUCCGACUUUGACCUUUCCCUGCGCUGUGCUGUCAGCCCAACCCUUGUCAAAUCUUCAGCUCCUGAGUCUGAACCUUUUCGAAGGAACUCAGCUUAUUGUGUGCAACCCGCCUGCAUUGAGCCCUCUUGUAUUCAGCCAUCUUGUGUGGUGCCUACAACAUGUUUCUCCCCGCGUUUCUUUUCAAGCAAAUCCAAGAAAGACCGGAAACCCAAGAAUGAAAUCGGAAACCAAGUCAGACCAUUACCAGAACUUAUGGCUGAGCCAACCAAUGCUCGCUCGAUGUCAUUUGUUGGGACCCAUGAGUAUUUGGCACCAGAAAUUAUCAAAGGUGAAGGGCAUGGCAGUGCCGUUGAUUGGUGGACUUUUGGGAUCUUUCUGUAUGAGCUGUUGUUUGGUAAGACUCCUUUCAAGGGAUCAGGGAAUCGAGCCACCCUGUUCAACGUGGUGGGUCAGCCAUUGAGAUUUCCAGAGACACCAGUGGUUAGCUUUUCAGCAAAGGAUCUGAUAAGGGGCCUACUAGUGAAAGAACCACAGCAAAGGCUGGCAUAUAAGCGAGGAGCAACAGAGAUUAAACAGCAUCCCUUCUUUGAAGGUGUUAACUGGGCAUUGAUUCGAUGUGCAAGCCCGCCUGAUAUUCCAAAACCAGUCGAGUUUGACCGGAUUUCAGCCCCCACAGUCUCAACUAGUGAUAAAGCUACUGUUGCUGCUUCUCAUCCGGACCAAAACAAUUAUCUGGAAUUUGAUUUCUUUUAA